GGCGUAGUCCUGUCACAGUUCUUGUAGACUUGCUUUUCUGCAUAUUUUUUUCUUGGCCUUCAUUCUUCUAUUUUUUCGUCCGUUUCCCCGCUCCUCUUACACCUCUCGCCCAAACCGAGAUUUCUUCCCCCACCGAACCUAGACAGAGCACAGGUAUUCAUGUAAUUAUUCUCAUUUUCUAACUUUACACAGCUUCUCUUCCCUGUCUCGCAAAACGUUUAUCGGUAAGAUGUUGGAACAAGUGAGAAAAUUGGUGAUGUCUGCAGCCGUCUGCCAGGGUUCGGACAACCGCACCAAGUACGCUGAACUUUUCAACAAAUUGGACAUCAACAAAGAUGGGAAGGUGGACAUCCUGGAGCUGCAAGAAGGUCUCAAAUCCAUGGGGAUGGCUGUGGGCAAAGGCGCGGAAGAGCAAAUUGUGGCAGCUGGAGACACCAACAAGGACGGGCAUUUGGAUUUUGGGGAGUUUAUGAAGUAUCUAGAAGAGCAUGAGAAAAAAAUGAAAAUUGCUUUCACGAGUUUAGAUAAAAACAAAGAUGGGAAGAUUGAAGCAUCUGAAAUCAUGAAUUCCCUCAAAGCUUUGGGGAUAAACAUUUCUGUGGAUCAUGCCAACACAAUUCUGAAGAGUAUGGAUAUAGACGGUACGCUCACAGUGGACUGGAAUGAAUGGAGAGACCACUUCUUGUUCAACCCAGCAGAUAACAUACAGGAAAUCAUCCGCUACUGGAAGCACUCUACAGUUCUGGAUAUUGGAGAUAGUCUUACAAUUCCUGAUGAGUUCACAGAGGAGGAAAAGAAGACAGGUCAGUGGUGGAAGCAGCUCUUGGCCGGAGGAAUGGCUGGCGCGGUGUCCAGAACAGGAACUGCUCCCCUGGAUCGUUUGAAAGUCAUGAUGCAGGUACACGGAAGCAAAGGAGGCUCAAACAUGUUGCUUGGCCUGAAACAAAUGGUAAAGGAAGGAGGAGUCCGAUCCUUGUGGAGAGGCAAUGGGGUCAAUGUAAUCAAAAUUGCCCCUGAGACUGCCAUGAAAUUCUGGGCAUAUGAGCAGUACAAGAAGCUGUUUACAUCUGAAAGUGGGAAACUGGGCACACCAGAGAGAUUUAUAGCAGGGUCUCUGGCUGGAGCAACAGCACAGACCUCAAUCUACCCUAUGGAGGUUCUGAAGACCCGUUUAGCUGUGGCAAAAACAGGACAAUACAAGGGAAUGUUUGAUUGUGCUAAGAAGAUAAUGCGGAAGGAAGGUUUUCGGGCAUUUUAUAAAGGAUAUGUGCCCAAUAUCCUGGGCAUCAUUCCGUAUGCAGGCAUCGACCUUGCAAUCUAUGAGACUUUAAAAAAUGCAUGGCUGCAAAAGUAUGCAACUGAAUCUGCCAAUCCUGGGGUGCUGGUCCUACUGGGUUGUGGCACUGUGUCCAGUACGUGUGGCCAGCUGGCCAGCUAUCCGCUAGCCCUCAUCAGGACAAGAAUGCAAGCUCAAGCAUCCAUCGAAGGGGCUGAACAACUCAGCAUGGGGGGUCUUUUCCGAAAGAUUGUGGCUAAAGAGGGUUUCCUGGGGCUGUACAGGGGGAUUGCCCCAAAUUUCCUGAAGGUGCUUCCUGCAGUCAGUAUCAGCUAUGUCGUGUAUGAGAAGAUGAAAGUCCGGCUUGGCAUCUGAGCCCUGACUACUUCCAAAUGUUCCACUCAGGAACUACAGUGUGUCUGUGUGUGUGAGAGAGGAAUCCAGGGAGCUGCUAUACAAAGAACACUGAAAAAUUUAAAAAAAAUAAUUAACCUUUCACUGCCACUAUGCUUUGCUGUGGAACAGACCAUUAGUGAAAGGAAUAAUUAUAGUCAAGUUUUUUUUCUUUUUUUUUUUUUUUUCUUUCUUUUUCUUUGUAAGUCUUAUAUCUCCAAGUCAGAAACGUAACAGAGUGAUCUACCGAACAAAAGAAUUGUGGGUUUGUUCCAUCAGAUUUUUUUUUAAUCAGGUUUUUUCCCUUAUGUGUCCUUUACUGUGAAGGGUUUUCUGCCAUAAAGCGAGAAAUGUUUACAUAUACAAACAUAAGUGCUAAUACUCUGCAAUUCAUGAAAAGUAAAGAACUAUAUUGCCAAAGACAUAAUGAUUGUGGGGUUUAUUCACUAACCUGUAGUUUCAGAGGAAUUAAAACAUUUAAAAGACUUACACAUUACAAUUUGGCCCUUCUUCCAGGUGAGUAUUGACCCACUUGUUAAGAAUGGCCCAGUGAUUCACACCAAUUUAUCAUCCCAGUUCAACAUUUCACAAUAUAGCCCUCAUCACUAUCACCAAGGAUACUCAUUCCCAUCAUACACAAGAUUCUAUACCUAGACACACAUUUUUCACUCUUCGCCUUUCAGAAUCUUUCCCUGACAGUACAGGCAAGAGCAGAGGUCUAUAGACUAGUGCUGUAUUUACGUAGGUUCAUUGCUCUAAACAAGACCUAGGACACUGCUCGAUUAGUGUCUCCUGGAUGAUGCGACAUGAAGUCACACAUGGAAGCUCUUCCUCAGAAAGAUGUGCAGGUCAGAGUACAAGCUACUAUGGAGGGUAUGCCAGCUACGCACAGACCCCUUCAUUGUAAAUCUGCUAGUUACAAAGGAGAUCUAACUAACUGGCCUGUUGAGCAGUAGUGCACUCGGACAGCUGCAUGCCCAAAACGGCAACCUGUCCCAGUAAUGCAGCAAUAAGGAAAUUACAUGUAUAAUGUGUUCCAUCAUGUUAGCUUUUUCAAUAAAAUCACAUACCAAAACCAAAUGUAGAAGGUGUUUGUGGUCAAGUUAAGACAUGGUAUCUUUCCCUCAUUAAGAAGCCUACUGUAGAGAUGACUCCCUCUGCAUAAUCGCAUCCUGAUCACAGACAUGAAUUUAAGGAUCAUGAUAUUCCCAUAGCAUCUGGUCCUGUAAAAGUGGAUCAUAAUCCAGAAGAUGGUGAUGUGUGUAUUUUCUAUGCUUUUCUGUUACAGAUGUAAAAUACUGCUCUUAAACCAUAGUCUCCUAUUCUGUGAUAUCAUGAAAGAACUUUGGAUGAACAAUAAUGUUUGUAACCCCCAAUUCACCUCAGCCAAGGUCUUCAGUUGUGUGUUAAACUGAAUUUAGAAUUUGAUUGCUGGACCAGGACACCUGUAACUACAGAUGUUGUUGAACAUAACUCCCAUCAUGGUUGUGCACAUUUGCUACACGAAUGGGUAGUGUUACAUAUUAAGUCAAGCUGUACAUAUUUUAACCUUGGAGUUCUUAUGUGUCCUAUAAAACUGUAAUUUCAAGGUUUUUAUAUAACUCUGUGUUUAGGAAUUUGAAUAGAUGUAAUAAUAGUCAAAUAAUUUGCUGUCCAUUUUGCUUGUUGUAUUACUCAAGAUCAUUAAUUAAAGAAACAGUGACAUUUAA